UCGAACUCCUCAAAAUAUAUCACUAAAAUAGUGGAGUAAUUACAAUAAACAAAGUAAAUACUGUAAAAUACUUAAUUUUUUGCUUUCAUUACUUUUCAUGGUAACAUUUUUAAAAGCGGAGAGUUUUCAUUUUGGUUUGUUACAAAAACCCAAACACGCUCUUAAGUUUCAAAGAAAAAAACCACUAGAAACCCUCCAAAGGCCUCGCCAUUAAACCCUAGAACAUUCAUUCAUUCUCUCGCUUCAACUCCUCGCGCUACGAAGCCACAAUCUUCACGGAGAAACUCAAAUCUUAACAAUGUCAUCUAUGCUGCAACCCCAAAUUAUACUGCUCAAGGAAGGAACUGAUACAUCUCAAGGAAAACCACAAUUAAUAAGCAACAUAAAUGCGUGCUCGGCUGUGGCUGAUGUCGUGCGAACUACUCUUGGUCCAAGGGGCAUGGACAAAUUGAUCCAUGAUGACAAGGGGAAUACCACCAUCUCUAAUGAUGGUGCCACCAUAAUGAAGCUUCUUGACAUUGUUCAUCCUGCUGCCAAGAUCCUUGUUGACAUUGCAAAAUCCCAAGAUUCCGAGGUUGGUGAUGGAACCACUACAGUAGUUCUGCUUGCAGGAGAGUUCUUAAAGGAAGCAAAGCCUUUUAUUGAAGAUGGAGUUCAUCCUCAAAAUCUUAUAAGAAGUUAUCGCACAGCUUCUUCUUUGGCAAUUGAGAAGAUCAAAGAGUUAGCUGUUAGCAUAGAAGGUAAAAGCUUGGAAGAAAAGAAAAGUUUACUGGCAAAAUGUGCUGCGACAACACUAUCUUCGAAGCUUAUUGGUGGUGAAAAGGAGUUUUUUGCAACUAUGGUUGUGGAUGCUGUCCUUGCUAUUGGGCUUGAAGAUAGGUUAAACAUGAUUGGGAUGAAAAAGGUUCCUGGAGGUACCAUGAGGGAUUCUUUUCUUGUGAAUGGUGUUGCCUUCAAAAAGACAUUCUCAUAUGCUGGUUUUGAGCAGCAACCAAAAAAGUUUCUAAAUCCCAAGAUACUUCUGCUUAACAUUGAACUAGAGCUAAAAUCAGAGAAAGAAAAUGCAGAGAUCAGGUUGUCGGAUCCGUUGCAGUACCAGUCAAUCGUAGACGCAGAAUGGAAUAUCAUUUAUGACAAAUUGGAUAAAUGUGUGAAGAGUGGAGCCAAAGUCGUUCUGUCACGGCUUGCUAUUGGUGAUCUGGCAACUCAGUAUUUUGCAGACCGUGAUAUCUUUUGUGCUGGUCGUGUUGCUGAGGAAGAUCUGCAUCGGGUUGCAGCUGCUGCUGGUGGAACUGUUCAGACAACUGUGAACAACAUUAUUGACGAGGUCCUUGGUACUUGUGACAUAUUUGAAGAGAAGCAAGUUGGAAAUGAGCGAUUUAAUAUAUUUAGUGGAUGCCCCUCUGGUCGGACUGCCACAAUUGUUCUUCGUGGCGGUGCAGAUCAGUUUAUUGAGGAGGCAGAGCGGAGUUUACAUGAUGCUAUUAUGAUCGUUAGAAGGGCUCUGAAGAACUCAACUGUAGUUGCUGGUGGUGGUGCUAUUGAUAUGGAGAUUAGCAGGUACUUGAGGCAGCAUGCACGCACCAUAGCUGGGAAGUCACAACUCUUUAUAAACUCCUAUGCAAAAGCCCUUGAGGUAAUCCCACGACAACUGUGUGAUAAUGCUGGUUUUGAUGCAACUGAUGUGCUGAACAAACUGAGACAAAAACAUGCCCUUCCAUCUGGAGAGGGUGCACCUUAUGGUGUAGACAUUAAUACUGGUGGAAUUGCAGAUUCAUUUGCCAACUUUGUGUGGGAACCAGCAGUUGUCAAGAUAAAUGCCAUAAACGCUGCUACCGAAGCUGCUUGCCUUGUCUUAAGUGUUGAUGAAACUGUUAAAAACCCCAAGUCCGAGAGCGCUCAAGGAGAUGCCGCUGCUAUGGGAGGUAGAGGUCGAGGAAGAGGUGGCUACGGUGGUCGUGGAAUGAGGAGGCGAUAAGCGUUUGGAUGUAUUUUUCUCCUGAAGCUAAGCCUUUGGAAGUUUUGUUUUGCUCACAAAGUAUUCUGUCGAAUAUGUGCUUUCUAUCUCCAUUUCUUUACAUUUUUAGUGUGUGCUUUUAUCAGUUUUGGAUCGAUUGAUAAUCAAUCUUUGAAGUUUUAAUUUGGAGUUUUUUUAAUUGGGUUCUUCUAUUUUAGCAAAUGAACUCACUUGGUAAUGACUUGUAACAAUUAUUGGGGCUUCUGGAGUUGACUGGACAUAGGUUCAUAGGAAUAGAACUUGUUGCUAUUUAUUCA